AUGUUAACAUUGCAAAUUACAAGUCUUUUGAAUGAGAAAUAUCUUGGAUAGUUCUGCUCUUUUACUAGAUAUGCCUUGAUAAAGAAAUUUAUGGCGUUGUGA